AUGGAAUACAAUACUCAAUUUCUUACAAACUACUUCCCAUUACUCCCUAAUGAUAUCGUAAUCGAUAUCAUUCAAUCACUUCCUCUUUUAUUAAUCGAAGAAUUAAUGAAUUCCGAUGUAUUUGAUCAACAAGUAUACUACCAGAUAUUAAAAGAUAUCAUUGUCUACAUACCUACAGGCCACACUCGUGAACCUACUAGCUUAGGAUCAAUGGUAGGUAAACCUUACCCAACAUCGACUUAUGCUUAUGACCCCAAUUUAAGAUUGGAUACUUUGCCAUUACAUUUCACGCCUCGGUGUAUUCAUAUUCAAGGAAGUCAUUAUAAAGUUAUGCGUUAUAUAAUGCAACAUUAUCUAUAUUUAUCCAAAAUUGAAGAUAUAAAAAUUUCAAUAGUUAAGGAUUUAAAACCACUAUUCAGAGGUGGUAUUUCUUCAAAAAUUAUUCAACUUCCUAAUUUAUCAUUGUUGGAUAUUUGGAUUAGGAAAGAGGCAGAAAAAGUUAGAAUCCCUAUUAAUAUUAGAUGUAAGAGUGAUUUGAAUGAUUUAAAAAGGUUUGCCAAAAUAUUGAAUAAACCUCAAGCUUUAGAUCAAGUCAUAGAGAAUUCACCAAUGUCUACUUCGACUUUAGAAUUUGAGGACAUGAAGAUUGAAUAUCAUUUAGAUCAUUUGAUUAAUCUCAUAUCACUUUCAUUAAAUAGGGUAGAAUUGAAAUCUAUGAAGUAUUUACCAAAAUCAUUAGAACACUUGAUGAUACUUCUGUGUGAUUUUACAGGCAUAAUGGAUCAAUAUUCUUGGCCCCCGAAUAUGAAAUCAAUUCACAUAGAGAGAACUCCAUUGAGUGAUACCCAUUUAAUGAGAUUAUCCCAUUGGCCAAAUAAAUUGAAAAAUUUAGCUUUGAUAGGAACCAGAUUCGAACGGUAUGGUAGUUUAGGUAUUCUACCUCCAAAUUUGGAAUAUCUAGAUCUCACUUCAACACGAAAUAUGAUUUUAAUUGAUGAACAAGAUAAUUUCUCAUUUCCAGAAUCAAUAAAAAUAUUAAGGAUAUCUGGUAUUAAAUUCUUUGAUAAUUCAAAUUUUGAGAUUCAAUUUCCUGCAAAUUUAUAUAGAUUGCAAAUUUCAGAAUAUUUAUCAUCUUUAAGAUGGCAAUUCUUACCGACUUCAUUAACACAUUUAGAAUUGGAAUAUGGUAUUGAUCAUAACGAUUUUCUUGUGUAUAAUAAUUCUUCCUUAAAUAAGAAUUGGCAAAAGUUUACAAAUUUAACCCAUUUAAAAUUAAGAUGUUGUGGGAAAAUAGGAUUAAUGAAUUGGCUUCCACCUAAAAGCUUGAAAUAUUUAGAUCUAAAAAGUGCAUCAAUCGAUAGUUUGGAUGUGGCCUUGUUUAAAGAAGAGAACAAAAAAUACACGAAUAGUCUAAUUAUACUUGAUCUCGCUUUAUCUUAUAUCAAAAAUAAAAAUAUUUCUCCUAAUUUUUACUUACCAGCAAAUCUUCAUCAGUUUAUUCUAGCUUGCACGGGCCUUAAUUUAAAUGAUUUCCCUAAAAGUUGUAGGUAUAAGAUUGUAAGUGAUUAA